AUGGCGACGGCUAAUGCUUCAAUUACGGACUCACCACGGAAGUCGCUUAUCCUCAAUGCGUUCGUUGAGAUGUGCAGCGGCCACCAGUCUCCCGGGCUGUGGCGACACCCAGAAGACGAAUCGUACCGGUUCAACGACGUAGACCACUGGAUCGAGCUGGCACAGUUGUUGGAAUCCGCCAAGUUCCAUGGCAUCUUCAUCGCCGACGUCCUAGGUGGCUACGACGUGUACAAAGGGCCUCGAAACCUUGCUCCGGCGAUUGUUUCCGGAGCGCAAUGGCCCGUCAAUGAGCCGCUAGCUGUGGUUUCGGCGAUGGCAGCUGCGACAAAGAAUAUCGGCUUUGGCGUGACGGUCACGACGACCUAUGAGCAGCCAUAUCAUUUGGCUCGUCGGCUAUCGACGGUGGAUCAUUUGUCCAAGGGACGGUAUCAUGACGACCGAUAUGCCAUUGCCGAGGAAUAUGUGAGAGUAACCUACAAACUGUGGGAGUCGUCCUGGCGAGACGAUGCUGUUGUCCUCGAUCGUGAGCGCGGAAUCUACACCGAUCCCAGCCGUGUGCGGGAAAUCAACCACGAGGGCAAAUACUUCAACGUCCCCGGUCCACAUCUGUGUCAACCGAGCCCCCAGCGAACCCCAGUCAUCCUUCAAGCGGGCACCUCCAAGGCAGGAAAGACGUUUGCCGCACAGCAUGCCGAGGCGAUCUUUGUAGCCGGACACAGUCCAGUAGUGGUUGCCAAGAAUAUUGCAGAGAUCCGGGCGACGGCGCAGGCACGGUUCGGGCGUGAUCCCAAAAGCAUCAAAUUCUUGGCCCUGUUGUGCCCUGUUUUGGGCCGGACGGAGGAGGAGGCUCGCGAAAAAUUCCAGUACUACCGCAGCUUGGGCUCGAUCGAUGGUGCUUUGGCGCUCUUUGGCGGGUGGACGGGAAUCAACCUGGAUACGUACGGUGAUGACGAAGAGCUUCGACAUGUCGAGAGCAAUGCAAUUCGCUCCGCGGUCGAGGGCUGGUCCAAAUCGACACCAGGAGUCGCGAAAUGGACCAAGUCAACUGUGGGUCAGCAUAUCACAGUGGGAGGUCUGGGUGCCACCCCAGUAGGCACGCCAGCCCAAGUAGCGGACGAGAUGGAACGCUGGGUCAGAGAAGCCGAUGUCGACGGAUUUAACCUGGCCUAUGCCAUCAAGCCAGGGUCCUUCAAGGAUAUCAUCGACCUGCUGAUUCCCGAGCUUCGUCGACGCGGAUUGUUCUGGGAGGAUUAUGCUGUCGAGAGGGGAACGUAUCGGGAGAAUCUGUAUGGCAAGCCUGGGCAGACAGGUCCCCCGGCGGAUCAUCCUGCGUCGAGGUACCGGUGGCAUGCAGGGGUAGACGCUGCCGAUCAUAAGAUUCCCGAAAACUAG